GCGGUUUCGUGUGGCUCUAACAGAAGGAGGAAAGGUUCAAACUUUGCACUAUUGUGACUUCUUCUCUUCCCACACCAUGUCCUCCACUCUGAAGGUCCACAGCGAGCUCAAAGCCCAGGUGGAGACAUUCAGGGCUCAGAUCACCAGUGAGGCUGAGCACCUGGUCGCCAGCGUUUUCCCUCAAAAACUACUGGAGCUGGAUAACUUUGUGAAGGAGCCCAUUCUCAACGUGGCCGACCUGAGAGAAAUCCAUUCAGAGGUCAUGAUCAAAGUCCCCGAGCCCAUCGUCUUCAACAACAGUCACGAUGGUGUGGACACGAAUACCAAGAAGAGGAAACUAGAAGAUGGAGUAGCUGAUGGGAACUGCCAAGGUGGAACCAACACACAGGUGAAGCCAGAGGGGAUGCUGACAUGUAACACCAAGCUGGCGGAUCUGAUCGAACGAGUCAAACCAGAGAUCAGGUCGCUGAUUGAGAAGUGUAACACCGUUAAGAUGUGGGUCCAGCUGCUCAUCCCGAGAAUCGAAGACGGAAACAACUUUGGAGUCUCCAUACAGGAAGAGACGGUGGCAGAGCUGAGGACAGUGGAGUCAGAGGCUGCGUCUUACUUGGACCAGAUAUCCAGAUAUUACAUCACUAGAGCCAAGCUGGUCUCUAAAAUCAUCAAGUACCCUCACGUGGAGGACUACAGGAAGACGGUAUCAGAGAUUGAUGAAAAGGAGUACAUCAGUCUGAAGAUCAUUGUUUCAGAGCUCAGGAAUCAAUAUGUGACUCUUCAUGAUAUGAUCCUGAAGAACAUUGAGAAGAUUAAGAAACCAAGAAGCUUCAACUCUGAAGCUCUUUAUUAACCCCCCCCCCCCCUCCACACACACACACAUACACACACACACACACACACACACACACAAAAUAUCGAAAAGUUAAAAAAAGUACUGACACUGUGUUCACAUUAAGUAUUGACAUGAAUGAUCUGAACUGUGUAAAACCACCCCUAUAGUGGGCUAGAGCAAACAAUACAAACAUUAAGCAUACACACACACACACACACACACACACACACACACACACACACACACACACACACACACACACACACACACACACACACACACACCUACACACACACACACAUACAGCAUCUAAACCAGCUGUGGUUGGGAUGCUCGUCCAUUUCUUGGUUUUGGCCUUACUCUGCAGACAUGGUCCCUGACACGUAACUCUCAGUUCUGGCUCCGCAGUGCUCUGGGAUCUGACCUCAGACUCUUUUCUCAUCAGUAUGUGGAGUAAAAAAUAAAGCGACUUCAUCUUCAGUCUCACAUCUGCCACUCUGCUGGGACAGAAGCUCAGGAGUCUCCCGCUGCUUUCUUUUCCUGUCUCCCGGCUGCUUUAUCUGAAGUCUUGAUCUUCUGGAUGCUGUGACCCCUACACAUUUACCAUCUGUCCCUCUGCUCCUCCCUCCCUCCUCCCCAGGGAAUGUGCCUUUGGUUGUUUUUCGGGAGUUUUGGGGCCACACCACAGAUGUGGAAGAAAAAAAGGGAUUUUUCUAAAUGCAACUCGAUCCUUCCCCCCCAUUGGAGAGAUAGCCUUGCUCAGAAAACAGCUGUUGUGUUGCUGACUUACAGAGAUACAACUGUACAGUUUGUCAAGACACACCUUAAUUUGUCAAGGAUUAUUCUCGAAAUCUCAUGUUUCCUUCUCUCUUUUUGUUUGUCUUGUGCUCGCCGCAUCUUUCCUGACAAUCGGAGAUAUUGUUUUACAUUUUUUACCUGCCCUCCUUCUCCAGGGAGGCGUGGCACAGAACAUCUUGUGCAGGUGGACGCAGAGCACGAUGAAACUCAAGCCCUGAGAGGUUGAAUGUGAGACUCUGCUGCUGGGAACACUGUGCCACACUGCUGUCUGUCAGUACAGACAGUUUCACAGAGGAUUUGGACUAAUAUAAGACUUGCUGGAUGUCCGUCUCUAGUGAUCAAGCAGGCUUGAACUGGAGCUCAAUACAAAAUGUAGGACUGUUAUGAUCAUGUAAUCAGAUUUUUUUUUUUUUUAAAUAUACACACUUAUGUUUUCAUAGGGUUCACACAGCUGUUUUAUUUUGAAGUUUUUAAAGCUAUUGAAGUGCUAAAUAAACAACAAUCUGUGCAUGUAUAUCAAUUAAAACAAAAUUAAGUUGGAACUAAUUUCAACCAACAUGUAUUUAAUUGGAAUAAAUUGGAAUGCUUAUACAAUCUGUGCCUCAGUGUGCAGGUAAAUUUCGCCAGGUGAAACUGACUGUGCUGCCUCCAUUUGCCCCAAUGUGAGUGACGUGUUUUAACACACAGCUGUACAGUUUCAUGUACAUACAAAGUUUUGUUUUUUUUUUGCAAUAUUUUCAUUUGUAUGAACUGCAUUUUAAAUAAAGAUCUGUCUUAAUGCAUGUGUGUAUGACAGUU